AUGUACGCGGACACGAGCGCGACACUGGCCACUGUGCGAUUUCGAGAUUUCCAUCAGGGAAUUGCGUCAUCUUCUGUGGCCUAUGUGGUAGGUGAUUUCGACCUAGGCCAGCUGCAACUUGUCAAUGCCAGGUUUGUCGCGCAGGCUACCAAGAGCAUGACCGUGAAAGAAUCCGUCGAUUGUUCUGACACUUUGGGCCUUUGCCGCUUUUCGGCCACCGAAGGGAACAUUUUUGAUCGCUUACUCUGUCCGCGGGGGUCGGGCCUCGUCCAAGACUUGAGCGGCACUUCUUUCGUUGCUUGCGUUCCCUGCCCGCCGGGGCACAUGCAGCUGGUGGAGCGAGCCAGGGAUCAAUGCACUCAGUGUCAGGCGGCGAUUGGCAUUUGCGAGCCGGAUUGGAUUCAACUGAAAACAGGCUUCAUGAGCCCAGUGCAGCGCAUCACGACCAACCACUUCCCGAUCCAUCACUGCCCGAAUCCUCAAGCCUGUCGCGGUGGCCAACUGCCAACGAGUCAGGCGGCCAGAAUGUGCAAAGAUGGACAUGUCGGCGACGGCUGCGUGCGAUGCAGUGAUACCCAUGCGCCCUCCGAUGCAGAUAUUUUGUCCUGCACCACGUGUACAACGAAUCGGCUCAAACAGACUGCACAGUUUGGCUAUGUGGUCCUCAGAGACUCCAUCAUCUUCUUGAUCGCGUACCGCGGCGGCCUGCAAGCGCUUGACGAGAAGGGCAACCAAAAGGACGCGAAAACCAGCAGCGUUCUUCUGAAUCAGCUCUUGGCCUUUGGCACAGUCGCGAACAUUGCAACAGUUGCGGCGUUGAAUACAGGCGUCGCACAAGCAGUGAAAGAGCGUGUGGGAGAUACUGUAUCAGAUUUGAUGCAAAGCCUGCUCUUGGAGUCGCAGUGGAGUCCGGGAGAAUCCUCGGGUCGGAUCUCCACGCAUUGCUUGCUGACAUACCUUGGCUUGCCCCCGGACAUGUGGUUAGCACAUGUCUUCGCUUCUGUGGUGCCCUUCACGUUGAUCUUGGUGGCGGGUCUUGUGCACGACCCCAAGCUGGCAGUCAUUGUGGGCAGCAACUGCUUUUUGCCAGCCUUUUGCGCCAACUUUGCCAAGUAUGUCGUCUUCUUCCGAACCGAGAUCAUACUCCAGGAGGGCACGGAGGGGAAGGAACUGCUUGGAGACGCGAGGUUCGAGUUUCUGCCGAAAGGCUUGCAGUCCAUGCCAAGCUUUGGCCUUUUGCUCUUUUGCAGCUUGGUUAUCCUUUGCUUCCUGAUUGCAGUCACCACCUGGACCCGAGCAGCUUUGUCACAGACGAAGUCAGAGGUACUGGAGGCGCAUGUAGCAUACUUGAGAAUGCCCUACAAAGAAUCAUGCGAAUACAUGGAGGUGGAGAGAUUGGUGCGGAAGAUGCUCUUGAAAACCCUUGCGGCAGCCUUACCAAUUUCUGCGUACCCUGUUUUGCAGCUGACCUUCAUUGGAAUACUUCUCCUUUUCCCACUGCUCUCAUAUGCGUGCCUGCUGCCCUACAACGAUUCCUCGCUGAAUGUCUCAGAGAUCUUCUUGAUAGUGACUGGAGUCAUCAUGAUCAACUUGUCGAAUCUCAUCAUUGCGAGCAACACCCAUUGGGCAACGACCUCUCAAACCCAGUUGGCCUUCUUCACACUGAUAUUGUUCUUGGCAGCAUCUAUUGCAUUGACAUUUGGAUUGCUUAUUGCAACAUUCGUGUACAAGGAAAUUCGAAGACAUUGA